AUGACAGGAACGGCUAUAAUCUACAUACCACAUUUAGGCAUCAACACAACACGUAGUUUUAAUCAAAGUUUAGAAUACAAAGUAACGGGUGACACCAUAACAAAGGUAAAUACAACAGUGGAACACAAGGGUAUACAUGUGACAACAGAUGUCGACGUGACACUUACUGUUAUGAAAUAUCCAGGCGGUACAUGGGAAGGUUUUUUGGCACUUCCGACUGACAUGUUGUCUACUGAAUACAUAAUAUCGUCGUAUGAGCCAUAUUCCAGCAGCCAGUAUAGUGAUUUUCUUGUUGUUGCUGUACAUGACGACACUUUUAUUAAUAUAUAUCUCAAUAAAAAUGUAGUAAAAGUCAAGUUGAAUAGACUAGAGACGUAUCUUGUACGAAGAUAUGACGAUUUAAGUGGAGCAAGAGUUAGCAGCAAUACAUCUGUCGCUGUUUUCUCUGGACACGAAGCUACGAUGACACCAAUAACUUGUGCUGGCUCGGGAGAAUAUUUUGUAGAGCAACUUUUGCCUACCAAACAUUUUGCUCAAGAAAUUAUCGUUCCGCCGGUACCGCCAAAAUCACAAUAUGUAGUGCGAAUAUAUAGUUCAUCUCAAAACACAUCUAUAACAUUUCGUAAUACAACGAAUCAAAAUAGGCAAAUUCUUUUGAAAGUUGGUGAAUUCUAUGAAAUUGUAAGUAGUAAAGACGCAAUGUACGUUUUUGCAACCAAACCUGUUCAGGUGAUGUUGUACAGUACAUGUCAUUUUGAUAAUGGUAUUGGCAACGUGUUCAUGUCUAUAGUCCCGGCAAUCAAUCAAUAUAGAAACUUCUAUCAUUUCUCCAUAAUUGCAACCAAUGAACCUUUUACUCAUUAUCUAACAAUCAUUGCAAAAACUGAGGAUCUAUCUGGACUAAGAAUCAAUGGAAACCAAAUGGGAAAUAUCUUUUAUAGCUAUGUGACACACGCAAACAAUGAGACGUUUACAGUUAACGUAUACAAAUUGACAGCCGGUGAAUAUCAUCUGUAUCACGUGACCGGUAGAACAUUUGGAGCAAUACAAUAUGGCUUUUAUUUAAAUUAUGCUUACGGAUACCCGCUUGGGAUGGAGGUUUACACAGAAAGCACGGGAAAUGACGAACUUAAAUGUUUCGACUGUAAUGAUAUGACUCAUUUGUACCUCUGUGACACCGUUAGUAAAUGUUUGAGCGGCCAGAUGUUCUAUGGUGUAACAUUAAGAGUUAUGUGUACAGUGUUCCGUGAAGGUCUGACAACAAAAAGCGCAAAGUACGACAUUACGAUGCUGACAGUUCGACAGUACAAUGGCAAAGCGCUGCAGUUCGGAGGUGAAAGUUCGACAGUAUGCCAUGUGGAGUCCUAUAGAACCAACAGUGGGCAGGUGAAAUACAACAGUGGAUGCUUAGCCUCAGAGCAAUGUUCUAGUAAGAAACGACAAACAAGUCAGAGUAAAUCCAAAUGUGUUCACUGCUGCUCUUCACCACUUUGCAAUUCGAACGGCUGUGGAGCUGAGGGUUUGCCUCCCUUUCAACUACGAGGACCGUUAUGCUACGACUGCUCGUAUGUUUCUAACAUGGAUGAGUGUAAGACAGUAAGGCUGUGUUCCAAAGACGAAGUUUGUAGCGUAGAGAAGUAUGACUGGGGUGGGGUAUAUGACCAUUACACAGCAAAAUGUCAUAACAAACAGUGUAUUUCGCACAAGAGACAAACUGACGUCACAUCUGCACGAGAAUCACGAUCAACGCCCGUAUGUAAAACCUGUUGCGACGCCGAUCUUUGCAAUACCGAUUGCUCAAAGACGUCACAAAAUGGCACUGACGUCAUAAUUGUUGGAUGAAUUCGGGCGUUGUCAUGAAAUUACUUCUUGGUGAUGGGUGAAAAAACUUUAUAUUAAUAAAGACAAAAAUAACUACCAUUUAGUA